UUUUACAGGAGAGAAAUAUAUUAUGGAUAUGGAAAAAUUCAUUAGUAUUUAAAAUACAAAAAAUAAAUAAAUAAAGAGGAUAAAUUGAAUGAAAAAUUAACAUAAACAUUAAGAGAAAAUUUAGAAUAUAAUUAUGACAUAAAUUAUAACUUAGUGGGUCAGGAUCGACACCAGUGAUAAUGAAAGUAAUAGAAGAAAAACAAUAUGCGUGAGUAGGCCGGCAUAUUCCAAAUGCAAUAUUGCUACAAAGUCAUUUUUAUUAAGUCAAAAAAAAAGACCUCGACCAUGGAAAAUUUUUUCAGUUGAUUAUAUUUUACAUUAUAAUUACAAAACAAGAUUUCAAAUUAGGAAUGGUCCUAUAUAGGAGUUGUCAGAAUUUCGAAACUUUUUUCUCCUUUUAUUUCUAUAAACUAUGUAGUCUGUGCAAUGUGCUGUCUAUAUCUCAAUGCCAAGUAUUUUAAAGUUCAAAUAGCAAAUAUACAACAUCGCGUGUAUAUAGGCGUGGGAAAAAGCCUUUGAAUCUAUACAACGAAAUACGUUUACAUAUGCUAUUCUUCAUGGAAGCCAUAGAUUUUUUUUUUAUUUUAUAUUUUAUGAAAAAAAUAUCCACCGAGAUUCAAGAGGAGAAUAAAUGCAAUUUAUAUGGGAGGAAAAGGAGCUCUUGGAAGAAUAAAAAAAAAGAAGAAAAUAUCCUUUGUUUCUUUGCGAAUGAUUUUAAAACAACUUGCGGGAUGAUAUCAGAUCCUGGAUGAAAAUUACGAGCGAGAUUCUAAACGAAUGAAAAGAGAGGUAGGGUAGUAGGUUGCACCAGAGGUUGAACACUGCAAAACUUCUCUCCUACUCUCCUCUCCGUGCCACAUGGACACAUCGAAACAUUGAAUAUUGCAUGGAUAUAUACGCCAUAGAUUUUGUCACGGUCACUGUGACUUUUCCAUGCCGGAAAAGGGCGAGGCGAGAGAGGGAACUCCUAGAGAGAUGUUGCGCAAUUCUCCUCUACUCAUGCUGACAAAAGUAGCAACAAGAAAAAAAAAAUCGUUAACAAUAAAAUAAAAAUUAAAAAAUAGGUAUAUUUUUAUCUCUUCAUGGGAAAAAAAAGAGGAAGAAGACGAAGAAGAUAAUAAUAAGGAAUCAUAGGGCAAGAAGCGGCACAUCGUUUUUAUUGUAAUAUGAAGAGAAGCAGGGGUUGUGGAGAAUUUUCAGACAAAUGGGAAAAUGAGCGCAAGACAUUAUAAAUGCAUUUUUGGAUAUUUUGUUUCGACUAUAUAUAAGAAUUCAAAUGAAGAAAAAAAUGAUUCAGACAACACAUAUCCGUGUCAUAUUUUAUGAUCAUGAUCGCUGAAAAUUGCGUCGUUAUGAAGAAUUGAAAGAUAUUUUAUUUGAAAGCACAAAAGAAGAGAAUGAAAAAUAAUAUAAUCUCUUGGAUCAGAAAUUUCCCAAUAUGAAUUAACUUUCUAUUUUAUGGAUCAAUUUAUUCAUGCUAUGAUAAUAGUCCUUGCGACAAUAUUUAGAUGAAAUUGACUUCGUAAAAUAUAUAUUAUUUUCAAGACAAAAAGCAAAAGGAGAAUGAAACGAUUGAGUCGAUGAAACUUUUUUUUUUGUUUGAUGGUUUUUGUCUCAACAUUUUGCGACGAAUGGAAAUGGAAACUGUUAUGGGGUUGAAUGGCGAUAGCAGGUGGGAUAAUCGACUUUGCAACAGGCGCCUUUAGUUUCACUUGAAAUUUGACUAGACCUGACAUAAGAGAGAGAGAGAGAGAGAGAGAGAGAGAGAGAGAGAGAAAAAAAGGUAGACGAACAACUAGGGAAAUAAAGACGUGUCUCGACAGACAAGAUACGAUCUUGAUAAGAUUAAAACGACUAUUGGUAAUUACAACAGCCAUCUUGCGUCGAUUCUAUUUUCUUCAAUGAAUAACGAAAUACCUACUCUGUCAGUGGACGAUGUUAGUCUCAAAACGUUCUCCAACUCAUAAGAAUGUGUUACGUCGGAACAGAAUAAAACCUCUGUUCCCGCUUUAAUUUUUUUCUUACCUCAAAAAAAAAGAAUUACAUAAUCAAUAAUUUCUGUCAAAUGACAGUCAACAAUUAUGAAAGACUCAUUAUUAUUAACAUUUGUUUUGACGAGUUUACAAAUUUUUUCAUUAAAUAUCAAUGCUGAAUAUGGUUGCUCCGUUUUUUGUGUUUGCGAUAUUUGGUAUGACCUCAAACGUGCGACGUGCACUAAUCGACGAUUAUACAGUAUUCAAAUUGAUAUUUCUUCAGUAGUGGAGGCAAUUGAUCUUUCGAGUAAUUCCAUUUCUUCAUUGUCUAACUAUGAAUUGGCGGCAGCAAGUUUAUCAAAACUACGAUAUCUCAAUCUAUCGAGGAAUGGAAUCAACGAAAUUGGUUUGGCUGCUUUUGGAAAAUUGAACGAUUUGGCUGUUUUGGACUUAUCUCGAAAUCAUUUGAAUUAUAUUUCCACCGACACGUUUGUGACAAAUUUGAAAUUGAAAAUAGUAAAACUUCAACAUAAUAAUUUUAAUCUUCACGUGCCCAAGUUACGGUCUUCGUCUAUUACUGAACUCGAUCUCAGUAGUUGUUUAAUUAGCUAUUUGCCUGUGGACGCCUUCGAGCAUUUGAAGAAAUUAAAUAAUGUCAAUCUUUCGAAAAAUGUCAUGAUUCAACUUCAUAUGAAAGCGUUGCAAAGAGUUCCAACUUUGGAAACUAUUUCCCUUGAAGGAAACCCCUGGUCGUGCAAUCGAUUGAUGCAAGAGACACAAAAUUAUCUCCAGAGUAAAAAAGUGAAAUUCGCCCAAUUCUGCGAGUCGUCAACAACUGGCGUGAAGAAAUUCGAGAGAAUGAAAUUAGAAACACCAACAUCGCCACCUAAAAAAACCUUCGACAUUCGAUUAACAUUUCCCGAUAAAUCAACCGAACUUGAAGAACCGUGGGAAAUGGUUAAAAAUAACGAAGAUGAUAAUGACGAAAAUAAUGAUGAUGAUGAGAUUUUUAAAACCCUUCAAGCUUUAAAUACAUCGCGAAAUUAUAAUUUAUCGUCUAAUAUGAUUAAUUCAUCGCCGUACUGGUUCAUUGGAAUUGGAUUUCUUCUCGGCAGUGCUUCGACAUUAAUUGCAACUUAUCUUUGGCUCUACGCUGCAAUAUCGUGUAAACUAUUAAGAUUUUCACGUGAAACUGAUCUCGAUCGAACAAAUGCAACAUCAUCCUCAGCGACCUCCUCAUCAUCGCAAAGAAUAUCUCUUCUACAAAAUCUCUGGUCACAAAAUGAUGAUCAAAAUGAUGCAUUGUCAAUUUGUCCCGGUACUCCACCGCCACCAUAUCGAGAAGUAAUGCUACACAGAAGUUUAUAUCCAUCUGUACGAUGAAAAAUUUAUCCCAAAAAAGGGUCGUUUAAAAAAUUUUCUCAAAAAAAUGUUAUUUGAACGAAUAAAUUCAAUUUAAAUCGUUCGUAAAGUGAAAAAAAUGUUUAUAACGAUUAUAUAUAAUACAACGUUUAUUAAUACAGAUUAAAUUUUUUUUGUCUUAAUUAACAAAUAACAUUUUAACAAAAUUUCUUUUAAACGGACCCGAAUUUUUGUAUUUCUCGACCGAGAGUGUGACUUUUGUCUCGAGACAAAGGCGCAAAGAUUAAAAGAGCCGCGUCUCUCUUUUAAUUGAAUAAAAAAAAUUCGACAUUUGAUAAAAUAUCGAGUUGGUCACAAGCAUAAAUUUUGCUGACAUAAGUUUUUGAUUUAUGUAUAAAAAAAUACAAUUUACCGAUUUUAUUUUCUAUUAUAAAGAUUUGUAAGAUGUAAACAAAUUUUUGUUAACAAAUCAACAAAUUAUUUUUAUUCUUAAAAGAUUUUUGUACAUUAUUAUUGUUUUGUGUAAUCGUUUUUUGGGGAAAAAUUAUUUUCUUUUUAAGUCUAAUCACAGCCGAUAAUAAUCUUUUAAAAGCGAUUAUCUUAAGCCAAAGGAACUGAUUUUGUUUUGUUUUUCAAAUUGACCAGUGUUUUGAAUAUGUCUCACACCCACUGUUAUUGUGAUGAAUAUUUUAGUUCUUUACAAAUAGUAUUUCUAAGAGAUAAGUUUCUAGUCCUUUAUUUUUAUUGUAAAUAUUUUUCGAGCGUGUAAAUUUUGUUCAUUGAAUAAAAAGUUAUUAUUAAAAA